AUGCUACUGGAUUUACCGAUAAAGUCGAAAAUGAUCACUGUUCGAUAUCGUAAUAAUCAACUUACAUCAAAAAGAUGUCAUUUAUUUGUUAUAACAAUUUUUUUUGGACUUACAUUAUUUUUCACUUUUUUGUUGCUACGUUUAGCUUUUCGGCGAACUGCAACACCUUUAUCAAAUAUUCCGCCAGAGGGCAACCAAUAUUUUCGGCUUCCAACAACACUUCAACCAUUCCGCUAUAAACUUCAAAUAAAAGCCUAUCUACCAUAUCGACAAAUUUACGAUUUUGGUACAAAAAAUUUCACUAUCGAAGGAGCAGUUCGUAUCGAUUUCACUUGUCUAAAAAACGAUAAUAAAAUUAUACUGAAUGCAAAAGAACUACAACUUCGAUUAGCCGAUGUUCGAGUCUCUAAUCAUCGCAACGAAGAGAUACGAGUCUUAAGUGGUAAACAGUAUAUACAGGAACGUGAUGAUAUUCAUAUUAUUGAGUUUAUUCUGGAUGAAACCUUCGAAAGUGGAUAUAACUAUUCUAUUGAUAUUACUUAUACUGGAAUCAUUGGUGAUUCGUGGGCUGGAGGACUCUACAAAACAAAUUAUGAAACUGAUAGUGAAACAAGGUCAUUAGCUAUAACUCAACUUCAACCAACCGAUGCGGCACGCCUACUGCCUUGUUUUGAUGAACCGGAAAUGAAGGCUGAAUUUAUCAUAUCAGUUAUUCAUCCGACAAAUACUUCCGCUUUAUCAAAUGCUGCUAUAAACAGAAUAAAAACUAUAGAUAUGCUAUGGAAGGAAACGUAUUUCGAGCCAACUCCAUUCAUGUCGACAUAUUUAUUAGCGGUGAUCAGAGUGUGGGCACAACCACAAAAAAUCGAAACUGUUAAUUUUGCUUUGCAUAUUUCUUGUCGCAUUUUGGCUUAUUAUGAGGAAUAUUUCGCAAUACCAUAUCCUCUCAAAAAACUUGAUAUCGUUGCUGUACCUGAAUUACGAGUCUUGGCCAUGGAAAAUUGGGGAUUAAUUACAAUCCGUCAAAGACUCAUCUUGUACGACGAAAGAAUGAAUAGCUACCGAGAUAAACGCUUUGUGAUUGACGUUCUUGCACACGAAAUAGCACAUAUGUGGUUUGGAAAUCUUGUGACAAUGCGUUGGUGGAACGAUCUAUGGUUAAAUGAAGGUUUCGCAUCUAUGAUGUCUCCGAAAGCAGCUGAUUUUGUCGAAAAUUCAACUCUAAGAUCGAGUCAAUAUUUUGCCGCUGAAGUUCUAGUGAAAGCAUUAGCAGCUGAUGAACAUACGACAACUACUCAAGCCAUAAGUUUGAAAAAGGGUAGUGACCGGGGAGCAGCUGUUUUACGUAUGGUAGAAUCAGCAAUCGGUCAAGAUGUAUUUCAACAAGGCCUCAGGCAGUAUCUAAAAAAAUUUGCCUACGGCAAUGCCGAGAAAGAUGACUUUUUAAGAAGUUUUUCUCAGGAGUGCAAAAUGAUAAAAGAUGGUGGCGAGCAGUAUCCUACCAAUUUCUCAGUCUUCGAUUUCAUUAAUUCCUGGAUCUAUCAGCGUGGAGUUCCAAUCAUUCAUGUGGGCAAUAACAACAAAGCAUAUGAAAAUUCUUUAUGGAAAAUUCCAAUUUUUAUUGGCAGCGGAUCGUCGAGAAGAGUGGUUUGGUUAAGUGAAUGGAAUAACGUUACAAUUGAUAAUGAAAAGAAACCUCUCGUAUUGGACAAUGAUUUUCAUGGCUAUUAUCGAAUAAAUUAUGAUAUCGAUACAUGGUAUGAAAUAAUUGACCAACUGUUGUUGGAUCAUAAUGUGCUGCCUCCUGCCUCAAGGCUAAAAUUAUUGGACGAUGCAUUUGUACUCGCCGAAAAUGGUAAUAUACCUUAUGCGAUACCGUUGAAAAUGAGUACUUAUUUAAAAAAUGAAGAUGAAGUUGUUCCAUUAAUGAUUUUUUUUGCGCGUAGCGAUGUGAUUUUGUAUCGAAUUUUUCGACAUCCAAAUUCUUCAUUGCUAAAUAUUCCUUCGUGA